UCGUCAACGGUCGUCGCGCGCGCUUCGGGACCGACCCGUUUUCGCUUGCGUGUCCUCGGUUUGCGUCACGCGUGUUCACCGCGCGCGAAAAAUUUGCACCGCGUGGAACGGGUUUUUCGGACGUAGUUUCGGGAUUGGUCGCGACGGCGUCGUCGUCGUUACAUCGGGUUGUGGAGCUGCAGUAGAUUUAAUUGAUCACCUGAAGAUCGGAAGAGAAAACGAAGAAGAGGACGUUACUGAAAGUCCAACAUGAAUAGUGUCAGUGAAAAACGGUUCCAAUUCCGGAUCGCACUUCCGGUUUAAGUGAAAUUCCAAAGUGUUCAAGUGAAGAUAAAAAAUCGAAGAAAAUAAUGUCCUUCUCGUCGAACGACACGAUGCGGCCACUGGCCCUGCAGCGGUCCCAGUCGUUGCCCCAGCUCAACUCCCGGGAAGACUCGGGCGUGGGCCUCAGCGGGACCGGGUCGUGCAGCGGAAUCAACAACAUCGGCUACGAGUCGUCGGCCGGUUCCGGAGGGCAUCACCAUCGGCACCAUCGGCACCACCACCACCGGCACUACCGGAACGAGGUGAAGAUUCCGUACGGAACCCGGCUGGUGGCCGAUCUGCGCCAGUUGAUGACCCUCCGGCAGCACUACUACCCGGAGGGAGGCUGGGGAUGGUUGCUCACGGUGAUCGGAUUUACGAUCCACUGCAUCUGCCACGGGUUGCACCUGUCGGCGGGGGUGUUUAUGAUGGAAAUGGCCGCCAUCUUUCGCCAGCAACCAGUCGCAGCAGUUAUUGCGAGCUUUAUGCUCGACUACGGUCAACCCAGCUAA